GAGGUUGUAUCAGUGGUGCACGUUUGCUCGAUCGAGGAGUAUCACGGAAGUAGUCGGACACCGAGGAACACGACUACCGUCACGCUAUUGGUCCGAAUGCACGUACAACGAAACGGAUUCGAAGAAGAGUGAAGCUCGAGUGCGCGACAACUGCAAAACUGUGAAUCGUUGGGAGGAUCGUCGAGAUCGAUCGGAGGUUCCCUACAUCGAAUAAAGAGGGAAGAAGAAAGAAAAAUCGGAGCGUCGUUUCUUCAACGUUUGCAUCCAGAUAACGCUCCAAUUGUUCCACGAGUGACAAGCUCCGAUCGAACAACGCGCGUAUCCUCGGAUUAACUGGUUCCUGGACGCAACGCUCGAGUUCGUUACCGCGAGCGUCCCUUCCAGGCUCCUCUUCCUACUAUGCACACCGAGAGCAUCGCGAUUACUAUGAGAGAAUGAGCUGCUCGGUGAAGAUCUCGUGUGGCAAGAGUUGGAGCGGUUCGCAGCGGAGGAUCAACUCUCUCGCGGAGGAAACUACUUGUUCCACAGCUAUAAGUGCGACUUGCGCGAACCUAGCCGCACCGUUGGCCACCGUAGCGUCGACGUCCACGUCGACCACGGCCACCACGUCUACGCCGACCACGGCCAACCCCGUCACCCCGAGUACGGUCACCAGUGGUAGCCAGAAAACCACGCCGCCGCGUCCCAUCAGGUCGAUCGUCGCUAGAAAAGGGGAGGAUACCACGAAACUGCUCAAGUACAUCGAGGAUAACGUCAUCGGCAAGAACGGCACGUUCUUCGGACCAUUCGGCCGCAGGAAAGUGGUCUAUUGCGACUAUACCGCCUCCGGCAGGUCACUGCAGUUUCUCGAGGAGUACAUCGCGAAGGAGGUGCUGCCAUGUCUGGGCGACACUCGGACGUCCACGUCUAUCUGCAGCCUGCAGUCCUCCCUGUUUAGACACGAAGCCAGAGACAUCGUCAGACACGCGGUGGGGGCUGGCGAACAGGAUGCGGUGCUGUUCACGGGUCAAGGCACGGCUGCUGCCCUUCGCACGCUGUUGCGACACCUCGAUCUCACCAAAUCCACCGUCGUCUUUGUGGGACCGUUCGAGCAUUACACGAAUCUGCGACCUUGGCGGGAGCACGAUGUCAGGAUAGUACGAGUGUCCGAAACCCGGGAGGGUUUCUUGGAUCUGAACGAUCUCGAGCGGUGUUUAAUGAAAGUGCGAGCGGAGGGUGUUACGCAAAUGAUCGGAUGCUUCAGCGCUGCCAGUUGCAUCACCGGGGUUUUGGCAGAUGACGUCGCCACAACUCUCCUACUGCAUCAAUAUGGAGCACUCAGCGUUUGGGAUUACACAACCGCAGCUCCAUACGUUCCGAUCGAUAUGAAUCCCCACUUGCCCGGUGUCGGAGAGACAGCUGUUCACAAAGACGCGAUUAUUUUCGCCGGGCACAAGUUCAUCGGGGGAGUUCAAUCGCCCGGCGUACUCGUGACCAAACGGUUUCUCUUGAAAGAUAAAUUUGGCAUGGAAGACAUGAGGGACUCCCAUUACUAUCACUGGGACUUGGAGCUUCGCGAGGAAAGCGGCACGGCCGGUGUCGUUGAGACCAUCAGAUGCGGACUCGCGGUUCAGCUGAAGGAGAACGUUACACCGCGAGCUAUCGUCGCUCGUCAAGAUAAGAUAUCCAGGCAAGUGUUGGCUCACGUGCGCACGAUUCCGGAACUGAUUCUGCUCGGUAGCGGCUCGCAGAAUGUUAAGAGGCUUCCCAUAUUUUCGUUCAUGGUGCGUCACCCGCGGGGCACGUUUCUUCAUCACAACUUCGUGUGCGCCGUUUUAAACGACGUCUUCGGGAUCCAGGCGCGCAGCGGGUGUGCUUGCGCGGGUCGUUACGCUCACGACCUGAUGGGAAUCGACCAAGAACUCGCCAAGCAGUACGAGACGAUUGUGGCGGCAGGCGCGCAGAACAGCCUGAACGGAGAGACGAGCACCGAAGGACUGAGGCCAGGAUUCGCGAAACUCUCGUUCCCGUACUUCAUGUCGGAAGCGGAGGUCGCCUUUACAUUGGAGGCUUUGAAGAUGGUGGCCACGGAAGGCUGGAAAUUGCUGCCUCAGUACGUGAUGAAUCCGGACACGGGAGAGUGGAGACAUCACACAAACAGCGUGUUCAAAGAGCGAAAGUGGCUCGGGUCGAUCCGAUAUACCGAUGGGAAAAUGAACGCUUCCGAGAGACGAGUAUCCGGAACGGGCAUCGUUCCGCAGAACUACGGCGAUUGUUUGCAGACCGCGCGGAAUAUCUUUAACCGCGCCAGGAAGAUGGCGCAGAGGUAUCCCCUCCGUAUAGACCGUAGCUACAUCUUCACGUCGGAAUGGAUGGAAGCUCUCCGGUGGUUCAUGAUGCCCUGCGAGGCACAGUAUCUACUCCUGGGCAACUCGCAGAACGUGAAGCAAGACGUGCCUUUCAGUCCGACGCUGUCGUGGAACAAGCAGGGCCAUCAGACGCCGACUACCACCCACGACAGCCUGGUGAACUGCUUAGCCUUGGCCAACAGUAUCCGGCGGCUGAACAGCGACAUUCCUCACACGGGAAACGCUCCGAUCUCGGUUACGUCGCCCAGACAUCGUAGCCUUCCCGCGUUGAGCACCGCCAGGAGGACACUGCUGAGCACGGUGGAUUCCCAGGCGUCGUUCUCGAGCUCCGGUAGCGGAAACGAAGAGGAACGAUCGGCGAACACCGAGUCUAUCGGAGGCGAGAGGUCACCGGCUACUUGCCCGAGUUCACCGAUGCCCGUGAGAUUCGCCGUUGGCGAGGCGGUGACGCCUUCGACUCUCGGCACGAUAUCUCGCACGGACAACAGACCGAUCAAAGAGCAAAGAGAUCUCGUGGACGCUACCAACGCUGGCCGUGCCAGAUGUAACUCCCUCGGUAGUGCCGGCGGCGGAGAGAACGCUUCGGGUAAUCGCAAGGUGGUGUCUUCGUCGUCCUCGCCCGUACCGCCGUUGCCUUUGAGUCCGCAGACUUUGACCAGCUUGGGCUUGAGCGGAAGCAGCGGCAACACGACGAAACACAGACGGCACCACUGUAGCUGCAGCAGUCAAACCGAAUUGAACUCUUUGGAGCUGGACAACGGAAGCCCGAAUCACUCGAUCCUAUCCUUGAACUACCACAUCGCGGCCUCGCCUCCGUCUUCGUACUCGUCCGUCGGCGAUUACACGGAGAAGUUGGUGGGCGGGGGAAGAGCGUCGCCGAUUUUCACCAACUGCGGGCAAAGAUCGGAGGACGAUCUGAGCGCGUAUGUCAAAGAGGUGACGAAGGAACUGGCGACGGAGAUCAAGUCGGAGAUUCGCGAGGUGAUCUCGAAGGUCGAUGACGCCCUGUCCGAGUCAAACACGUCGGAGAACACCCCGCAGCAUCACUCGCGGAACAUCGGUACCAUCGGGCAACUGUCGGUGGAAGACAAGCAGGUCAGACACGAUUCGUUUACGGCGAGUGACAUCGCGGAGUACUUGAUGGAGUUCUCCAAGGAGAUGGCCAGCGAGGUCAAGUCCGAAAUCAGAUGUAUGGUGAACGCGGUGGACGGACUUCACAGACACUCCCCGGACGCGUCCGCCUCGGAUGUCUCCUCGAACGGUUGCGGUUCUCCAGACAGAGGGAGGAUCGUUCAACCAUCUGCGUCGCCCAGGCUUUCGAGCACAAGGCGAAGCGGACCGAUAGAGAUCACGGGGAAGGUCGGCGAGCUGACGCAACAGGAGAGCAAGAUGUCCAGCGAGUGUUCCUCCGACGAGACUGUGAUAUACGUGAUGAAACCGCCCGAGAACGAGCAGAUGGUUAGCGAUCAUUGUCAGUCGAAAACCGACGACGAGGUUGUGGUGCACGACCUCGACGACGACCUCAACGAUGACGACACUCGCGAACGCGGCGGCCUGGACAUCGGCGACGCGCGAAAGAUUCUACCCAAGAUCUAUUCUGCGGUGAACUCGGUCAGUUCUCAAGACAGCGGCAUCAACUUAUCGUUCCACGAGAGCGACAAAUCCCUAGACUCCGUGGACCUGAAGCGUAGCAGUAGCGCUGAGUCGAAUUCUACGAACAGCUACGGUCGUAAGCCGAGAGCCUCGUCCAUGAGCGCUCUGUCCAACAAAUCCACUUGCAAGCAACAGGUACGCCAGAACGACGACUUCUCGGAGGACGAAGAAUGCUCGAGCGAUCUGAAGGAGGAGGAGGACCAAGCGGCGGUGUUCGAAUCGAAGGAUGGCAAGGCAGAAGAAGCGUCUAGCGCGCAGUGGCACUGUCCGUCGAAGAACGUUUGGAAACCAGCGGUGGAAGCUCUGCAGGAAUUCGACAUGAUCCGGGACAACGACAGAGUGCUAGUUUGCUUGUCGACCAACGGUAAGGACUCUUUGUCCCUGUUGCACACGUUGCACCAGUACAGAUUCUACGUGAGAUCGAAAGGCGUGGACUUCGAGAUCGGCGCUGCCUCGGUGAACGCAAAUGGAUCGGAUCCCAUAGAGAUGAUGAGUUACUUGAAGGCACUCGACGUUCCUUAUUUCUACGAGGAGCUGCAAGCCGCUGAGACGCAACACGUCGGCGGCGAGAAUCGCUCGGAAGAUCCCCUGGACGGCAGCGGUGCGUGCAGCUUUUGCAAUCGCACGAUCAGAGCAAAAUUAUACUCGGUCGCCAAGCGGCACAAUUACAACGUGUUGGCUAUCGGCCAGCACCUCGACGACCUCACCGAGGGUUUCCUCGACUCAGUUUUUCACGCCGGCAAACUGAGAACCAUGAAAGCCCAUUACUACGUCCGUCGUCACGAGCUCAGGGUCGUCAGACCGUUCGUCUACGUUCGAGAGAAGUCGCUGAGGCAAUUUGCCGAGAGCAAGAAGCUGUUGGCUUUGCGGGAAACAAGCCCGUGCGACCUUCCCGAGAGACGGAAUCAGAGCAAAGAGCUGAUCGUCCAGCAGGACCGCGGUCAUCCUCGUCUCUCUUGGUCCUUGAGAUCGGCUCUGCGACCAUUGAUAGACGCCCACGGACGACGAAUCGACGCGGACGUUGUCUGCGGGAACAGCGGCGGCGUUGGGAACGGUUCCAGUAGUUCCAGCGCGAGCAGCAGCAGCUCUAAUAGCGGGGGCAACAAUCAACAAAAGAGACAACGAAAGCUGAAGAUCAACUCCCUGGUGACUGGCUCUGCGGUCCAGUUGCAAAAGCAGGAACAAGAUGGCGACGAGGAGACAGACGAGGAACCGGUCCUUUGAGGGAGACCCG